UAUCCGAGGUGCCGCUAUUGUAGCCUAGUCGAAGGGAUAACAGAAAGAGGUGAAGCGUGUGAAGCAAGGGGAUGAAUUCAGUCUUCUACCAAAUAAAAAAAUCAUAUAUUGGUGGUUUACUGGACAGGCGUUUUGACUUGAAGAACUACAGCCCCUGAGUUUGCUUACAAUCUGUUGGGAAAUUUCUUGUUCAUCUGAUUCACUGCACUGCAGCUCUCAUUUCCGCAGAUCAUGUUGGAUUUUCCAUGACAGCCUGAGCUCAGAAUCUGCAGCUUCCAUCCUGUAAUUAGAGAUCUGCAAGUUGUCAAAGCUUAUAUAAUGGGAAUCCUCCACACUUUUUGGAACAGUCCGAUUGGUCCUAAAACAACUCACUUUUGGGGACCUCUUGUGAACUGGAGCAUUCCCAUCGCAGCACUUGCAGAUUCGAAGAAACCCCCAGAGUUGAUUUCUGGCAAUAUGACAGCAGUAAUGUGUGUGUAUUCAGCAUUGUUCAUGAGAUUUUCAUACAUGGUACGGCCAAGGAACUACUAUCUUCUUGUAUGCCAUGCCGCAAACGAGACUGUGCAGCUCUAUCAGCUGUCGCGCUGGGCCGGGGCUCAAGGACACUCGCAAGAGAAGGUUGAGGACGCUGGAGGAGCAUAGUGCGUGUGAUGCAGAGAUGAUUCUAAUAUAUAUAUUUAAGGACGUACGAUUUGCCUCAUGUUUUGUGUUGUAUAAAUAAAGUAGGAAAUACAAUAAUGUUUGUGACAAUCUCCUUCUUCUAGCCCUCUACAUAACUUGAUAUCAUGUAAUGCUCAUGGGAUAACAUGAUUGAUCUAAUGGUCUAAGAUUCAAACCCAAUUCUUAUUCAAA